AACAUGGACGCCUCCCCGCUGUCAGACCUGUGUGUGAAUAAUUCGGAUGGAAAAAUGAACUCUGCAAUGGAAAAGGACGAGCGCUCGGCCACAGAGAACGAAGGCGAACACGAAACGAGAGCCGACCAAGAAACGAAGGACACUUUUAAAAAACCGGCCCCUUUCGCGGCGCCUUCCCUCGCCAGCAAACGCAGUAACGUCGCUGCUCCGUCCAAAUCAACAGCGGCCGAGGCAAAACGUGUGAAGGAAAGUAACAAAGCCGAGGCUGUAGACGCCAUUAGUGAGGGUUCUUCGGGUAUUGUAACUGAAAACAGAACCACGGAAACGGGCCAAGAAGAGGACGAGAACCGCGGUAACGUGAAAGACAAGACUGUGGCUCCUGUCAAAACCAAGCUCGAAGCUAAACCCAUAGUGCUUCCUGCUAAAGGGCCCCCAGUUGGUACGUUCCCCCCUAUCCCAUACACAGAGCCGUCCUGGGGCGGCAAUGCUCCGGAUGUCCCCUAUGCUCUGGAAAUCCUUAAAAACGGCACCAUAGUGGACACGGUACCCCUCACGCUGAAAAGCUACUUCGUAGUUGGACGUUUACCGGUGUGUGACGUCUCUCUGGAGCAUCCCUCCAUCUCCAGGUACCAUGCCAUAGUUCAGUACCGCCGACAGGCCGGAGAGGGAGAGUCCGUCGGGGAGGAGAGAGGGUUUUACCUCCACGACCUGGGCAGCACGCACGGUACUGUGGUGAACAAGAACAAGGUUCCCCCAAAGACCUACAUCCGGCUCCGCGUGGGACAUGUCUUAAAGUUCGGUGGGAGCACGAGGCUUUUUAUCCUGCAGGGUCCAGAGUUUGAUGAAGAAGAGGAGUCUGAGCUAACAGUGACGGAGCUGAGGGAGAAAACCCGAAAACAGAAGACAGAGCUGGAGAAGAGGAUGAUGGGAGACGGUUCUGAUGAUGAUGACGACGGCGAUGAUGGUGGGGAGAAGGAGGGAGACAGGCAAGGCGAGAGCAGCAAGGGCCAGAGCAAACUGUCAACCGAAGACUCCGGCUGCUCGUGGGGAAUGGACCAGGAGGCCAUUCCGGAGGAGGACGAGAACGAGGAAAACCCUUUUUCAACAGAGUUCCAGGAGGACCAGGAAGCCGCCUACCUGAAAGACCCAAAGAAGGCUUUGCAGGGCUUCUACGACAGGGAAGGGGAGGAGCUUGAGUUUGAGUACGAAGACCAAAGCCACGGCACCUGGCUGUGCAGGAUAAAGCUUCCGGUGGACGAUGCCGUGGGCCGGCAGCUGGUCGCCGAGGCAACCCACACAGGGAAGAAGAAAGAUGCAGCCAUCCAGUGCUGCCUGGAGGCAUGUCGAAUGCUGGAAGCCAGAGGGCUCCUCCGCCAGGAAGCAGUGUCCCGUAAGCGCAAGAAGAAGAACUGGGAAGACGAGGACUAUUACGACAGCGAUGACGACACCUUCCUGGAUCGAACCGGCACCGUGGAGAAGAAGAGGCAGGAGAGAAUGAAGAAGGCGGGAAAGGUCGAUGAGCGGCCCGAGACCUAUGAGUCGCUGGUGGCCAAACUAUCAAAGGUGGAGACGGAGCUGGCAGAGGCUCAGAAGAAACUCAGCGGCGGUAGGGGAGACUCCUCCGGCUCCUCGGCCGAUGACCCGCUAGAUGUCUUCAUGACCGCAGUGCAAAGCGAGGCGGCGAUGGACGCCGUGGAGCGCAGGAAGCUUCACGUGCACGUGGCCAACCUGCGCAAGGACGCGCAGAGGCUGCGCAAGCUGGUGGAGCUCACGCGGCCCGCCCGGAUGCCUUCGCUGCUGCCGAGUGGUAGCUCAGAGGCAGAGAAGCCCAAAAAGACCUUACCGCUGUUUGGAGCCAUGAAGGGGGGAAGCAAAUUCAAACUGAAGACUGGUACCAUCGGGAAGUUGCCUCUGAAGCGGCCCAACUUGCCCGCAGAGCUCUUCAACAUGAAAGAACUUCCACCCAGUGGAGAAGAGGAGGAGGAGGAGGAGGAGGCAGCAGCAGAGGAAGAUGAGGAUGACGAUAAAGAGUGUGCAACUAUUCCUGAGACGGACUCUGAGGAGUCCGGUGCAUCGAUGUCUCUAGAGAGCACUCGGUCAGGGCAGCAGAGACGGCAACCAGCACGGUCACAAGAGCUAAAAGAGCAAAGCCACAAACGGAGGGCAGGCGAGGAGUCUGCUGAAGCAGCGGAGCAAGACGUGGCCUCGUCGAGUCCAGAGUCCAAAGCAGGAGGAGACGGAGGGUCAGCAGCACAGCCCAGCCCCAGAAAGAAUGUGAAGAAGAAAGUGAUAGGCCCCAGCAGGGUAGGCUCUCUCUCUCUCUCUCUCUCUCUCACUCUCACUCUCACUCUCUCACACACACACACACACACACACACACACCUUUCGUGCAGAAAAGCGUGCCGUCAAUUGAAUUCUCCUCAUGAUUGGUCUCCACAGCCACCACGGCAGCCCUCGGGAGAGUAUCCAGAGGACGACCCUGACUAUUGCAUCUGGGUGCCUCCUACAGAUCAGACUGGAGAUGGACGCACACACCUGAACGACAAGUACGGCUACUGAGAGAAAACAGAGAGAGCGAGAGAGGUCGUGUCUCCACUCCACCAGCUUUUAUACCGUGGAUAACACCUGCAUCACAACGCCUCCUUAGCUCUGACCAUGAAGCCUCUCUGCCCAUCCCAGUCCCUAUGUGUGGUUCAGCUUUGAAAAAAGCCUGCAACACAGACCACAUAUAAUAGCGCUGCACCUUUCAUUAUCGUUUCUUUCGGGGGUGUACUUCCCUUCUCAGACUGCGAUAAACAAAAAGAACAGCGUUCUAAUUCACAUUAAACUGGCAAGCUCGGGGAGCAGACACUGGGCAGUCAGCCCACUGGCACUUUCCAACCAUGACAACAGCAAUAGAGAUGGGCUGCACUUAAAUUAUUUGUCCUAAAAAUACAUCUUUUUUUUUUUUUUUUUUUAUAAAUUCUAUAUCAUCCAAGCGAAAAUGGGAAAGGGACAGAGCAGGAGAGGUAACUGAUCUGAAUUCAGCUUUCUGCUCUCUGGCUGCUCCUCCUGCAGUUACAUCCGUAUCCCUCCCCUUGUUAGAGAGAGAGAGAGAGAGAGAGAGAGAGAGAGAGAGAGAGAGAGAGAGAGAGAGAGAGAGAGAGAGAGAGAGACUUUUCUGACCAUCUGGACGGCUUACUGGAUGAAACGCAAGCUGAUAAUGACUCAAGCUAAGUGGAGUGUGUGUCUACACACACACACACGUAGCCCAACCUUCUCAAAGUUCUCUUUUUAACAAGAUUGUCUUCAUCAGUGAGUCAGCUAUUGGGGCGUUUGCCUAGAGCAGGAUUCCCACUCAGUGCCGCUUCUGUUUGGUUUACCACCACACUCUCCACCCUCUCUCCUGUCGGGAUGGUGAAGAAACUGUAUUUUGUUAUACAAGUGUAAAAUAAAGAAAUUGUCUGCACAAAA